AUGACUCUAAUAGCAGUCUUUUUCACCGCAUUCAUUGCGUACACAUCCAUUGCCUAUGCCACAACCGAAACAGCCACCGUUACCAAAAAAGUUUUCUUUGAUAUCGAAAUCGGUGGUAACAAGGUUGGUCGUAUUGUGAUCGGUCUAUUCGGUAACGAUGUACCAAAAACUACCGAGAAUUUCCGUGCUUUAGCCACUGGUGAAAAAGGAUACGGCUAUAAAGGGUCUAAAUUCCAUCGUGUCAUCAAGGACUUCAUGAUUCAGGGAGGUGAUUUCACUGCGGGAGAUGGUACAGGAGGAAAGAGCAUUUACGGAGAAAAGUUUCCAGAUGAGAACUUCAAAUUACAGCAUUAUGGAGCUGGAUGGUUGAGUAUGGCGAAUGCCGGUAAAGAUACAAAUGGAUCGCAGUUCUUUAUCACCACAGUGAAAACGACGUGGUUAGAUGGGCGUCAUGUAGUAUUCGGAAAGGUUUUGGAAGGAAUGAAAGUCGUGAAAGAGAUAGAAGGUACAAAGACAGCACCCGGAGAUAAACCUGUAAAAGAUGUGGUAAUUGCUGAUUGCGGGGAGUUGCCUCUGGAUGGUCCUUUCGAUACACCAAAGGAGGGCGUUACUGCAUGA